AUGUAUUUGGGCACUUUAAAAGAUUUAAUCUUACAGAAAUGUGACCCAAAGGAAGAAAACAAUUUAGAACCAGUCCUCAGUUUGAAACAGAUCUCUUUGUACAUUUGUCAGAUACUAGAUGGACUUCAAUACAUUCAUGAACGUUCUAUAGUUCAUAUGGAUAUAAAAGCUGAUAAUAUUUUAAUGGAAAAUUACUCCAAAAUAAGAAUUGCUGACUUCGGGGUCUCACAAACGGGCUUACAAAUAACAAAUAUUGAAAAUGGAACUCCACAUUGGAUGGCUCCUGAGAUAAUAAAUUCAUUGCCUUUUGACUCCAAGGUUGAUGUAUGGAGUCUUGGCGCUACAGUUGUUGAGAUGGUUACAGGACACAAACCAUUCCAUAAAAGUAGUUCAGCAAACGUGUUAUUUAAAAUAUCUACGUUAACACAAGUUCCAUCAGAGCUGUUAGGAUCUACGUCUGGUUCACUCAAAGAUUUUUUGACUCAAACAUUUCAAGUCGAUCCAAAUAUUCGUCCUACCGCUGAAGAACUGUUGAAUCAUGACUUUAUUUUAGAAUUCUCUCAGUGCAAUCAAGAAUGCAACGAUUCUGACGGAGAAUUAGAUGCUUCAAACGAUAUUAAACAGAACCAACACGUACACUGCAAAUUGUUACAGCGAUUUAAUUUAUGCAAUAAGAAUCCAGAUCACAGAGAUUUUAUUCAAGUUCAAAGGUUAACACUUAAUCAACUGCCCGCACAAGAUACUCAACUUCUAAAACUUGUUAAAAAUUUAGCAGCCUUGACUGUCAAAGUACAAGUCUUAUUCGAUACAGAUAAAUAUGGGACUGGGUUCGUCAAUUCUGUCGAUAUCUACAAUGACGUUGAUGACGACAAAUGCCCAUGUCCGGCAUGUUGUGAAACAGCAGCGCCUUCAACAUCGUGGGCAAUUUUUUACAUCAUUACAUCAACACAGCUGGUGUCUGGUGAUUCUGAAGCUCGACAUACAACCUGCUUUGUUAAUCACGAUGGUUCUCACAAUAUCAAAGAACUUAUAGGACUAAAAACGUCCAUCACAUCAAAGAAGCGAGACAGAUGUGUAAUGGUCUGUUACUCUCACGAUAUUCAACUGGCGUACACGUUAAAAUUUAAGCUUCGAAAUUACAGCCGUCUAUGCAAGAAAAUGUAUAAGAAAUACAAUACUGAUGAAACUGUGAAUAAAACUGUUUUAAUGAUUUCACAUCCUCAUGGUGCUUCAAAACAUUUAACGCUGGGGAUGUUGGCAGACAGACAGAAACAACAAAAGAAGUUCAGCUCCCGACUGUACUAUACCAACCCUUCAUGUAACGGUUGUGUUGGAGCCCCCGUAUAUGUUAUAGGCUUGAAACCUUACUCAACUAAUUACACCCACAGUGGCGUGACUAAGGAGCGUGACGCCAACUGUAGCAGCUCAUGGUAUUGUUGACAUUACUUCAAAAUUUAACUUAUUUCAAGUAAUUAAUAUUACAAUUAAAAUAUAAUGUAUGUUGCAGUGCACAUUUUCUGAUAUGAAUGAUACAAUCUUUGUUCAAUUUGAUAUGUGUUAGAAUUUAAAUAACAAAUAAGAUAUCAAUAGAGUUAACAAAAUUUUGUAUCAUGUGCAUUAAUUAUCAAUUGAAGAUUACUAAUAUGAGAAGGUAAAAUAUGUCUAAAAAUUGUCUUGAAGUAUACUUUGAAUAAAUCAAAAUACAAAACGGACAAAAGCGAGGAAAUUAUGUGAGUGCAUCCAUUUAUCAAAACGUGUAAUAUGUAUACUUGUAAACAUGCAUUUAACAUAUAGGCCUAUAUAUAUAUAUAUAUAUAUAUAUAUAUAUAUAUAUA